AUGCCCGAGUACAACUUGUCCAUCUCACCUGCUGAGGCUGUUCAAGUACUUAAGGGGCUUGGAAGCAAAGUAAAGUGGCUUGAGAAGAUCAGGACUCCAGCUGACCAGAGGGACAGAAGCAAGUGGUGUGACUUCCACAACGACCAUGGCCACCGGACUGAAGAGUGCGUUUCCUUAAGAUUAGAAGUAAUCAACUUGCUAAAACGGGGCCACCUAGUUGACCACCUCACCGACAAAGGAAAGAAGACUUACCAGGGUCAGAGGGACACGAUAGACAACCAGAGGGACGUGACACCGCCCAUGCCACCUGUUCUUGAGAGAACGAUCAACGUAAUAACAUGUGGCUCAGAAGUAAGUGGAGUCACCCAGUCAGCUGCAAAGAAACAUGCACAUCAGGCUAACUUGACCAAAGGGGAGACCAGCAGAACAUCUUCCUUACCGGAGCAAACCAUCAGCUUCACGACAUCAGAAUCAACUAGGCUUCUUAACCCUCAUCAUGAUGCUCUUGUUAUUUCUCUUUAUAUAGCUAAUUGUUUGACUAAACGUAUACUUGUCGAUAAUGGCAGUUAA